CAGAAUCCAGCAACCUUAUCUUCAAAAAAGUUCCAAACUGCCAAUGUCUUGUGAAUUUUUCAUGUCCAAAAUGUAGGACAUAAAAAAAAAGGAAUAAUAUUGAAGAGAAAAACAAAAAUAUGGCUACAAAUUUUCUCUCAACUGCAAACACCUUCCUCCUACCACCAUCAUCCUCAUCACAAUCUUUGUCAUAUGUUUACUACCCCAUCAAGUGCAGUGUGAAAAGACAAGUAAACCCUCCAAGUGUCAGCAAGAGAGGGCUAUCCAUCAGCAUUGUCACAAGCUUAGUGCUUUCAUUGGGUGGUAAGGGAUGCUUUGUUGAUCAUGCUAAUGCAGCAAUACUUGAAGCAGAUGAUGAUGAAGAACUCUUAGAAAAAGUGAAGAGGGACAGAAAGAAGAGGCUUGAGAGGCAAGGUGUGCUUAGUUCAUCCAAGAAAGAAACAGGAUAUCUUCAGGAUCUUGUGUACAAAUUGAGUGAAGUUGGUCAAGCAAUUGAAAGCAAUGAUCUACCUAAAGCAGGUUCUGUUUUGGGGAAAGGAACUGACACAGAUUGGGUCCAAAAGGCUAAUAUAGCUUUGAAUAAGCUGAGUUCAAGUGCUGAAGAAAAGAGUGAGGUGGACAUAUUCAAUUCUUCAUUAGCUUCAUUGAUUUCAUCAGUUGCUAGCAAUGAUGUUGAGUCCUCUAAGCUUGCUUUUGUGACUUCAGCUGCUGCCUUUGAGAAGUGGACCUCCAUGACAGGGCUGGUUGGUCAGCUUAAGGGGCUUUAAGCUCAGGAUUAGAAGCAAAGCAAUCAGACAUUUUAUUUCAUUUCAAAUUUAUUUAUUGAUGAAUAUAGAGAACUCCAUUGACAGCCACUGCCUUGGUUAUGAACUGUCUCACCCAAAAUUGCAAUUUUGAUGUCAUUUGGAAUUUCAUGAGAUGUAUUAUAUUUCUUCACCUCACAAUGAAAAUAGAAGGCACUUUUCAA